AGAAUAGAAAAAGUCACUUUGUUUUACAUGACGAUCAUGAUUGCCCGCACGAUUGGUAUUCUAUGCCUUAGCUUUAGUCACUUACGCUUUAGCAUGUACAUUGUGGUCAUACUUAAAAAGCAGGACUAGUUCUUUAAGUCACGUCCAAUUUUCCGGCGAUUGAUUGAAGAUUUAGGUCUCAUUUCAAUAUUUCUAAAAUUUUGUGCUGUCCAUUUUUGAUUGCCGUUAGCUAGUCGCCGUGUAAGCUUCCGCUACUACCACCACGUCUGCAUUUGCUCUCUAUGUUAUUCUAAACAAGACCUAUUCGAU